AUGGCGCACUCACCACCACCGUUAACAGGCAUCCGCGUCCUCGAGUUGGCCGGCCUGGCACCAGGCCCAUUCGCCGGCAUGAUGCUCGCCGACUACGGCGCCACCGUCAUCCGCGUCGACCGCGCCCACCCCUCCUCCCGCCACGCCGACCCCACUUCGUCGUCGUCGUCCUCCUCCGCACCGCCCGCCGCACUACCCCCACCCCCGCCGACCGCCGACCUCCUCACCCGCCGCAAAACCUCCAUCGCCAUCGACCUCAAGUCCGCCGGCGGGCGCGCGCUCCUCCUCGCGCUCCUCCCCGCCUUCGACGUCCUCAUCGACCCCUUCCGGCCGGGGGUGCUCGAAAAAGCCGGGCUGGACCCGACGCGCGUCCUGCGCCGGCGCAACCCGCGCCUCGUCGUCGCGCGGCUGACGGGGUUCAGGCCGGAGCGGCGGGAGCAGCAGCGGCGCGAUGAGGAAAAGGGCGAGAAGGAGGGGGAGAGCAGUAAGGCGGCGCAGCAGGACCGCUACGCCAACAUGGCCGGACACGACAUCAACUACCUGGCCGUGUCGGGGGUGCUGGGCAUGCUGGGGCGCAAGGCGGGCAAGCCGUACGCGCCGGGGAACGUGCUCGCGGAUUUCGCGGGCGGCGGCGCCAUGGCCGCGUUUGGCGUCGUGCUGGCGCUGCUGGAGCGCGAGCGCAACGGCGGGUGGGGCCAGGUGGUCGAGGCGAACAUGGUGGACGGGAGCGCGUAUCUGGCGAGCUUUUUGCGGCUGGGCAUGGGGAAGGUCAGGGUGCCGGUGGCUAAGGCGAAGGCGGCGGCGGAUGGGAGUACUGCUGGAGAGGUGAUGGAGGAGAGGGAAGGGGUGUGGGGCAGGGCGAGGGGCGAGAAUCUUCUGGAUGGCGGGUGUCCGUGGUAUGAUACGUACGAGACGAAGGAUGGGAGGUGGGUCGCGGUGGGCGCGUUGGAGGAGCGGUUUUUUGAGAAGCUGUGCGAGGGCUUGGGGGUGGAGCCGGCCAAGUUCCCGGGCCCGAGGGAGGACAGGAGGGUCUGGCCGCAUCUGAGGAUGCUGUUUACGGCAAAGUUUAAGAGCAAGACGAGGGAGGAGUGGGAGCGCGUGUUCGACGGGACGGACGCGUGCGUCACGCCGGUGCUGGAGCAGCAGGAACUGAGGCAGCUGGGAUUCGAUCAGCGGCCUCCUGUCACGCUUAGGAGCUCGCCAGGUCUGGCCAUUGCCGACGGGGAACCGGACACGAGGCCGGCUGCUGAGGGCCAGGGCAUCGGCGUCGAGGGCGAGGGGUGGGAGGAGAAGGGGUUGGCGCCUGGCGAGGGCGGGGAGGAGAUGCUGGCAAGGCUGAUGGGGUGGACGAAGGGGAGGCACUACGCGGUGGAAAACGGUGGGUUGGUGUUGAUUGAGCGGACGCGGAGUUCGAAGAGCAAGUUAUAA